CUCUCGCUCUUUAUAUCAUAGGAUUGAAGAGAUGGUUCUUAUUACAAUGCCUCCUAUGCAUGAGGCGGCUGUUCUCUCGACUCCCUUGUUAUCAUCAUUCUCCACUGCAAGCAGCUCAAGCAGUGAAGCCGAUGACAGCCCGCUCGCCUUGAUUCAAGAUGUCACAAAAUAUGAAUUCCCAUGCAAGUCGCUACGUGUGUUCGAAUCGUAUAAAUCGCUGGCGGUGCUGUCCGAGCAUAUCGGCUCAGUUUCUUGCUUGGCCAUAUGUGGUGAAUUCAUCUUGAGUGCAUCACAAGGCAAUGAUAUUAUAGUUUGGCAACAGCCUGACUUGAGGCAGUUCACAAAGUUUGGCGAAGGCGAGGGCACUGUCAAGGCGCUUGUUGCCGUCGGCAGCAACGUUUUCACAGCACAUCAAGAUAGUAGGAUCAGAGUUUGGAAGGUGACGAGAAGCUCAGAGAACGUUUUUAAGCUUGUUAACACACUUCCUACUACCAAGGACUACCUAGGGAAUUUCAUGAAGCAAAGCAAUUAUGUCGAAACUCAACGCAAUCAUAAGCAUUUAUGGAUCGAGCACGAGGAUACUAUAUCUUGUUUAGCAUUCUAUAAAGGGUUGAUUUAUUCUGGUUCAUGGGAUAAGACCCUUAAGGUGUGGAGGAUAUCUGAUUUGAAGUGUCUGGAAUCAAUUGAGGCUCAUGAUGAUGCUAUCAACAGCUUGGUAGCUCGUAAGGGAAUAGUCUACUCAGCAUCAGCCGAUGGUAAGAUCAAGGCUUGGGGAACACAGGGGAAGACCUCUCAUUCUUUGCUGGGGGUUUUGGAGAAUCAUAAGGAUGUUUCAAUGAACACGGUCGUCGUUUCCGACAAUGGGAAGUGGGUCUACGGAGGAGGUUCGGACGGUUAUGUUACGUGUUGGGAAGGGAAUGCUGAUUCUUUUACUUGGAAAUGGGUAGCUGAGAAAAAAGCACACCAGAUGGCUGUUAUGUGUAUGUGCAUGGUGGGAGAUCUUUUGUUCACUGGCUCAAGUGAUAAAACCAUUGGUAUUUGGAAACGUGGGGCUUAUGGUCAACUUUGUAAAGUUGGGGUCAUAAAUGGCCAUGAAGGACCAGUCAAGUGUUUGCAGGUAUCACCCUGUACUGUUGGUACUGGUUUCAUGCUGUACAGUGGAGGUCUUGACCGAUCAUUAAGGGUCUGGUGGGUGCCUAAAGAUGGGGACACAACAAGAACAUAAUUAGCACAUAUCACAAAUCUAU